AUUUUGGAUGCAUGUAGGUGUUAUUGGCAAUAUUUCAUACAUAUGCAGAUUAAUUUUUAUCGCUAUUAUGUCUACAUUAAGGGCCCCGGGUUUUAGUCUCGCCCCGGGCCCCGAAAAUCUCAGGACCGGCCCUGUACGAGGCUCAGGGCUUCUCGCCGCCACCGCCGCCCCCUGAUGUAGAUGGCGUACGGGUGGUUGCAGUCUGCUACACUCCAGCGAUUCCCGUGAUUCCGACGGCCUGGUCCUCUGCAUCCUCGGUCGCCUCCUCCUGAACAUCUGCCCAUCUCGCUUCACCAGGCCUUGGUCCCUCUUUCUUGUGGCCAAUGGGGGAAUCCAUGCCAGGGAGCAACAUGCAUCAAUGGAGUUCCUGCAGAGUAGAGCACGGAGACCAUGGUGGCCGUCACGGUCGUCGUGACCGCUGGCGCCGGAUUUCCUCCUCCGACAGCAAAAAAAGAAAAGGAAAACUGUACGAGGCAAGCCAACGGCAAGAAAGACAAACAGGAUGACGCCGGACUGUUGGAAGCUGACAUGCUGGAUCCAUGGCGGGCUGGUGCUUUGCAGAUGAACCGACUAAGAGAUUUGUGCGCUGGCCCAACAAGAAGGGACAUGUCGCUGACCUCUGCGAGCGAGCGAUGGUGGUGAGAGUCUGCAAUAGAGAACAGACUUGAAAACGGCGUCCACAAAUUGCAUUGUCAGAUGCGGUACCUUGUAGAGGCAAGGCCUAUGGUGGCGGCAUCUAGGCCCUGAUGACGGCAACGGUAAGGUGUACAUUAGGUACAAAGCUACACAACCUCACCUUCUAUCUCGAGUUCUCGACAAAGACGGGUCAGGCACCAGCUUCAUCAUACACAGGUAUGAGAUUUAUUAUCUCGCCACUCCCAGACACAAGACACCAUACUCAUCCGCAACCCUCGCUGACCAACAUGUUGUUCUUCCUGUGCAAAAGCACCAGAGUCGAGUUAUGUCACCACCAUGAUGAUGAAUGGCGACCCGUCUUUGAAAAUCAAACGAGCGGAAGCAGAAUGACUCUUUUUAUACCAUACGUAACAUUUUAUCUCCAGGAUUUUAUCGACUUUCUCGACUCCAAUCGCCCUUAGAAUGCUCUUUUUUUAUACUUUCUAUAUUUCCUCCUCAAUACCCGUCGGUAUUGCAUGUCGGAUGUACCAUUGCUUAUAGCGACAAUCUUGAAUUGGGCGACAGAGAUAAUGGGUGGAAUAAGAAGAAGAGAAGUGAGUUAAACGUUAACAAAAAUCGGCAAUGCUAUCUGACGUGUACGAGGAUCCUAAAGCCGUCGCAACCGUUUUUGCCAGCGCUAAACGCGUUCUCCAGUCCAGUCCACCAGAGGAAAGAAAAGGCAACAGAGAAAUCCAUCUAGGUCUCGGCGGCGGAGGCGGUUUGAUCUCACCGCCGGCGAUCUCCUCCUUCCUCACCACCCGCCCUCUCCAUAUCUCGCUCCAGUUACAGUACAGGAGUGCUCCAUCGGUCGGUGGCCAUGUCGUCCGCCAACGCAACCUGUUGUGUUUCUGGAGAAUUUUGGAUUGACGGCUCUGCCAGACUGCAGAUAGGGGAUGGUCCCGUUCCUAGACCAUCAUCGAUUACUCUCAAGGAGUUUGGUGAUCUGUGGGUAGCUGACGCCAAACGUCAGUUCAGUCUCAGGCCCAAGUCACCGUCCCCUGAUGAGAAGCUGAAACGCAGACAAGAGCGUAAGCGCAAGGGCUUGGUCAUAGCGCUCAACACGUAUGCCAAGCGAAACAACAUUCAGCUCUCUGAGUUGGAAUUUGUGGAAGAGAAAGAGAGUAAUCAAGUCGAUGGAUGCGCAGCACUAUAUGUGCACUCCAACUUUCUGGUGAAAGGUUCAGAUGGCAGACAUACUAUGUUCUUUGCUGAGAUGCGACCUGACUGCACACAGGAAGAGGAUGUUGUUCUCUGCACACCUUUGGAAGAAAACAAUUAUGGUCAUUGUUUCGGGUGCGAUGAUCGAGCAAAGGAGCUUAGGCAUCCCUCGGGCGGUGGCUACUUGGGUGGACAUAAUGAGAUGAUUUUUCACUUGGAGGAGCUGGACAGUGAUGAUGACUGUUUUAUGUGAUGAGAGGAAUCUAUCCACCAACUAAUCUGUUUGGUCUUGGUCUACUAUAUGCUGAUGGUCUGACAAGCAAGUUCCUUUUCGAGAAGUACCGUUGCAAGAGGUGAUGCAUGUGACAUGUUAUUGUAAUAUGUAUCUUUAAUAUUAACUAAAAUUAUGCUUGAAUCGGCGUAAUAAAUUAUUGUAACUGAAUGAGUAUAGGAUGAUGUGUCCUAAGAAACUCCUGAUUUGCGUAUUUUAAACCUGGACUGGGAGUCGCAGUAUUUCAAAUUUUA